CGUCGUGCCCUUUAUACCUGCUGCUUUCACGUUUGAAUAAAAGCAUUUGUUGCGACCAACAUCGUCACAGUCAAGUUUCGGGAUUUUCUGUUGAAACAUCGUUCGAUAGAAAAGAAACGGAAACACCAUCACAAUAAUCCCUUUCUCAUAUUAUACUCAAACUGAAAAUAUAUUUUCUUAGAACUUUUCAUUUCAUUUUAAAAGUAACUUGAGCUCGGUCGUGUUACAGUUUAUCGGGGGAUAAAAGUGUGCUGUUGAUUUCCACCAGAAUCGAGAUAAAGGAAAGAAACAUCAAAUAUUUUUCCGACUAUUGUUUGCAACGAAAUAAAUAUUUCGAUCGAAGAUUGUGUACGGUUUUGAGUCAAACAACCGAAUAGACCAGAAGUUCUUUUUUUGUUUCCUUUUUUUCUUCGUUUCAUUUUCAUCAUAAUAGAAUAAAUUGUACUGUUAACGAUACUCUCGCUGUUGCGUUUCGGUUUUUUCGGGUUUGCUUUGUAUCUCAGGCAUCGAGCAACAGAUACAUAGACAUAUAAUUUGCAACCAGACAAUAGAGAGUUGGUAAGAGAAAAUUGUGUGAAAAACAAGGGAAAAUAUGUCGAAAAUAAUUUGGUUUACGCUGUUCGGUGUUUUGUUUGCGUCGCUCCCAUUUUCUGUGCUUGGAAUCGAUUUGAGUCGACUGUAUGGUCACCUGGGGCCACCAGUUCAGAAACGUAGUGACGCCUGUCAUCCGUACGAGCCAUUUAAGUGCCCUGGCGAUGGAAACUGUAUAUCUAUUCAAUAUUUGUGCGAUGGAGCUCCUGACUGUUCGGAUGGAUAUGACGAAGAUAUGAGACUGUGUACUGCAGCGAAGCGGCCACCUGUUGAGGAAACGGCAUCAUUUCUACAAAGUUUAUUGUCGUCUCAUGGACCGAACUAUUUGGAAAAACUUUUUGGCGGCAAAGCGAGAGACGCAUUAGAACCAUUAGGUGGUGUGGAAAAAGUUGCAAUUGCUUUGAGUGAAUCACAGACAAUUGAAGAUUUUGGAGCUGCGUUACAUUUGAUGAGAUCCGAUUUAGAGCAUCUGCGGUCAGUGUUUAUGGCAGUGGAAAAUGGUGAUUUGGGAAUGUUGAAAUCAUUAGGCAUUAAAGAUUCCGAAUUGGGUGAUGUAAAGUUCUUUUUGGAGAAACUCGUCAACACCGGUUUCUUGGAUUGAGUAGCGCCCGAUCCAGCUUCCCCAUUUUAUUAUUCCGUUCCCAUAAAUCCUCAAUUUUAUUCGUAUUUGGGUUCAUCGUUCGAUGGAUACAACUAUUAGUUUGAGUUCGGAGUUUUAUUUUUGUUGUUGUUAAUUUAUUACCCCUCUGAGACUAUACCUUUAUUUUGUGGUAUUUUAUGUUAAUUGAAUUGGGUUCUUAAUAUAUUUAUUGUGUUGAAGCCUUAAAGAUAAAAACGUUUUGUUAGAAAAAUACAAAAAAAAAAUGAAAAAAUUUUUCUAUAAUUUUGCGCACAGUUAAAGUAAAUGUUUCAAUUCGAUUUAGAGAACGACGAAAGUUUAGAAUGGAGAAAUAAGUGUUAAUGCAAACAAAAUAUUUUCAGUUGAACUUCUUUUUCAGUUAUACGAAACAGAAAUUACGAAAACAUUUCUUUACCAAGUUCCACAGAACAGAACAUCUGCAUUUUUGUAUUCCUUAGCGUUCCGUUACAGUCGUUGUAUAUUGUUGAAAGUUGAAAACAUAAAAUUUUCAUCUGAAAAUGAUUCAAUAGAAACAAAUUUUCCAUAUUUUAAAUUCAACGUCCGUGCGACCAUAAAUCAGUUAAGAAAAAUACAACAAAAAAAAACAGAAAAACCAUUGACAAUCAAGAUCUUUCAUGGAAUAAUCUGACACAAUUUAUUCAUGAAAGAUUUCGGUUACUAGCAUAAUAUCAUAUUAUCCGGCAUAAAAACACCCGAAAAUGAAAAUCGAAUUGAAGUGAAAUUGAAAUAAGAAAAAAUAAAUAUUUUUUUUUGUUUAUUGAAAUAAAAGAUUAGGGCUCUCAUGUUUAAAACACACACAUCCUCUGACACACCAUACACACACACAUAUAUUACCCUUAUAAAACCUUCUGUCUUGUAUGUCCCUUAAAAAAGAACUUGAUUAAAAUUCCAUCCACUACCCCAUUUGAAAAUAAUUUCCCAAAAUUAUGUUGAUUUCCAAAGUUUUUUUUUAUAUUUCGGAAACAAUUUGUUCGAGUAAAUUAAAUCCUUUUUAAUGAACAACAUAAAUCUAAAUGGAAGCAGGAUCGGUGACAAUGAAUGAAAAAAUAAAAACAAACAAAAUGAUCUUUUUCAACGUAAUUUUUCUCCAAAAUUUGAAAAUUGUAAAAUUUGUAAAAAGUUUUUGAAAACUCAAAAAAAAGGGAAAAGAAAAAUAUUUUUUGGAUCAAAAAUUUGAGCAAAAAAAUUAAAUUUCGAUUCCUUCUCUAUUGUAAAUUUGUUUCAGAGUUGUUUUUUGCUUCCGGUUUUUCAAGAGUGUUUUUCUCAAUUUUUGACCAUUUUGAUCGUCUUUCCAAAAUCAUAUAUUUCAUUCUCUUCCAUCCAACUCUCUCUCUCUCUAUCUCUCUCUAUCCCAAAUCAUCCUGCUCUACCUUUUUCAAUCCAGAUAUUUCAUGGAUACGGUUCUGUUUCUUAUCAUAUUACCAAUCAAUCAGUGAAUCAGUCAAUUGUCCAUCAUUGAUCCGAUGACAGAAUAUAUCAAACAAUUGAAUUAAUUUUAUUUCCAUUCAAACUACUAAAUAUCAUACAUCACGACAACAUAGUAAACAAACCAAAAAAAAAUCAACCUAAUCUUAACUUAUUUAAAGAAUUGUACCGGGGGUAAAUUGUAAAAUCAAUACCAUAUGCAUACAUUCUGAAUUAACCCUGUGUGGCAUACAGUUUUAAUUAAAUUACAAUCUACGUGUACUUGUGAUAUGUGUUUCUUAUGUCUAAUAUCAAAAGUCAACUAAAACAAAAUCGUCAGAGAAUAAGAUUGUUUAGACUCAUUAAAAGUAUACUUCAAUGGUGAACAUUAUUAUAUAGAAAAGUUCAUCGUCAAUAAAUUGUACUAAAAUUAAAAAGACAGCAAAACGCAGCUAUUUUUACGAAAAUAAAAUUUCAACUUUUUACGAUGAUCCCGUUAAACUUUUUACUAUUAUGACUCGUGUGUUCACAUCGAAAAUGUUUUAUUGGAAAGAAUAAAUCACGUUAACAGUACUCUCGUGCGGGCUGUGAAUAAAACUAGCGAAGUUUAAUACUCCAAUUUACGUUCUCGCAAUUAUAUUGUCGGUGACACGUGUGAAAUGGCACUUUAAUUUCGCUGCUAACGUCGACAGAGGAAAACUUUUAAAUUUGAAAGGAUUUUCUCAAAGAUUUGGAAUUUAAAUGUGUGAUUUACUACAAAUAUUCUAGGAGAUCCUGAUAGCAUGUCUUACAAAGUGCAGUAAGCGCUUGUUUCAGGGAGCGCAAUUUUACGUUAACUUCGUCAAAGCUGAGGCUAAGGUUGGAGGUCAUAAUUAAGUUUCGUUGCUGUGAUGAGAGAGUUUCUCUCAUAUUUAUUCCGGUUGCCACGUGACAACAACAACAGUCUCAAAGUUCGAUUUUAUCUCGUCAUAAAGCCGAUGAUGCCUUUUAACUGAAAGACAAACAAGUAAAGAUGUUUUUAAUUACAUUCUAAUUUAAUUACCCAUCGAAAUUUCUGUUGAGAACACUUAAAUGGUAUACAGAAGUAGAGCACUUUGAACAUUUAAUUAGGUAUCAUGUUCUGUAUGAUCUUAUCGUUGUUAAUUAUAACACAAAAAAAUCCAACUUCACAAACGGCUGCGAAGUUGAAAUUGUUUUCAUUGAGGUACGAACCUAUAAUUUUCCCACAAUGCCAAUAGCGAAAGCUUUAUGUUGUCGUCAUAAAAAGUUUAAUACUUUUUUAUGGAAACAAUUUUUUACAUAAUAAAAGUGAGAUCUUUUGUUUCGUUAGAAUGUCUCACCGAAAAGGUUGACCUUGAUGAUGUAAUUAGAAAUGUGAAAAUUAAUUACCGCUCUUACUUAAUUACCGCUCCUACUACGAGUAUAUUACUCUCGUUAAAGGAAGUUUUAUAUUACUUUUUGGCAAUCAAAAAUUAAUUAUCCAAUAGACUGAGCCGCUUUUAAAGAAUCCAAUUGGUCUCUCUCUGGUGAUUUGCUCUCAAUUAUGCUAACUUUCAUUUCAAAAUGGAAAAAUUAAAUGGAAACUCUCGGCAAUAAAUAAUUACAAACGUAGACUAUAUAGACUAUUGCUUAAGAAAUGAGAUUCUAUCUAAACGUUGAGCGCUGGGGGUUCGAGUGGUAACAAAUUCAAUUGUGAACACAGUCAAAAGUUUAUGGAAAAUUGUAGUAAAUGUUGAAACCUUUUCGUUUUGAUAAAAAUAUAAAAAAUGAAGAAAAUGUAUUCAGUAAAAACAGUAAAUCAAUGACAUAUCAAAAUCGUAAACUUUGUAAGAAACCAACAUUGAAAACAUUGAAAACUCAAACAUAUCAUUUUUAACGAUAGAAAACUAAAAAGAAAUUUUAAAUUUUAAGCAUUAAAUUAAAUGAUAAAAAGCAAAAACGAAAGUGAAACUUUGAGGAGUUAAGUACCUUUGAUUAGAAAUUAAAAAAAAAAGAAAUUAAAAAUUUGUAAUAAAAUUUAAAAAUAUCUAUUUAAUGGUUCCAAAUGAUGAUCCAAUCUAUAUAUUAUACGUCAAAAGAUAAGAUGUUUUCAUUUAUAUAAAUCAAAAACCAAAAACUUUCCUUCAUUUGUUAUUCGCUAUGAGUGCCAUCGUAUUUUACAGCAUCGAAUUAGAAUUAUUUUCCCAGAAUUAAUUCGCUUUUAUGUGUACGGUACACGUCCUACAACAAUAGAACGCUCUGUUACAAUGAUUUAUGAAUUCUAAUUGUUUGAAACAUCCUCUGAGCUUAUGUUUUUACACACUUUGCCCUUUAUGUGCUUUUAUGUAUACUUAACGAUAACUUUGCUUGUACGAAUUCUCCCAACUCGCAGAACAGUUCGAACAGUUUUACAAGGAACUGUAGGUUGAUUUUCAUUUGAACCGAUUCAACUUAAUGUUGAUUAAGAGCAUCAUAUAAUUACUUUGGGAAGUGAAGCUGUUCUAAUGCAAAACUUUAUUUAAUAACUUUUGCGUUGAGUAUUGUUUUAGUUGGAGUAAUAUUACCUCAAAUACCAAUAUUAGCAACUUUACUUUGAUGACAUAUGCUGAUGAAAAUUCGUAUAUGGAAUUUGUACAUCACUGUUUUUUGAAUCCGGAUAUUCUUGGUAGAGAUACAGAACGUAACAACUGAUUAACUCCCCCGAAACUUAAAAUAUUUCUGAUUAAAACCAUUGACAAAUUUCGAGUUUUGAUUUGAUGUCAUUUGUUUCACACUGACAACCUUCUUCGGGCCAAGAAAAAGGGCAGUCUGGACCACCGGCUCAACGUGAUGUCCGAACCACUUCUCAAAGUAUGCAAAUACUCUCUGAGUAAAGUUAGGUGCUUAAUUGAUAUCUAUCCUAAAUGUAGGCAAAACAUAUGCACACAAAUUCAUCGUGUUUGGGUUACGUCAUACGUAGUCAUUCAUUUUGAUUAUUUAUUUCACUUAAUCGUCAACAGCAGAUAUAUGUCAUCUGAUGAUCAUUGUCUGACACGGGGAUCGAAUCCAGAUCAUUUUGGUGGCAGGCCAGACUGAGCCAUCCGAUCUGACAAUUGUUGAUCAAACACUGUAAAAAAAACUUUCGAUUCAAAUACUCAACCCAAGUUAAAGAGUUUGGAUGCAGAAGAUAUCUUAAUUUCGAUCGGUUCCCACUCUAUACAUCACAAAGUAUUUGUUAGUGACAGUAAUUCAAAUAAAUCAACACACAAACGAAUUCGUCUGCAUCAUCUGAUCAUCUGUAAUCGACAGUGACGACCAAAACAUGUGCUGAAAGUUAAUUACAAAAUAAUGUUAAAACGAAUGAAGUAAUAGAUCUUGAAUUAAUUUGUUGAAAAUACAUCCUACGAAGUAGUAGACUAUUAAAUCGGACAAAUGUUAGUUGUUAAUUAUUUAACAACGCUAUUGAAAUUUGACAAAUAGCACACUGUUCAACACUGUUAGUUGCACUUGAUCUAUGUAACUGGUUUUAUUUUUGUUAAAAACUUGUUUGUUAUAAGCGUCUGCUGAAAGAAAGUAUGAGUCAACAUCUCUAACAUUUCGGCUAACUAAUUUUCUGCAGUUGAAGCUUAUACUUCGCAAAAAGUUAAAGCUUGUAACAAAUUGUGCAUAACGCAAUCCCAUAAAAUCAAUACCGCAAAAGUUUAGUGAAACUAUCGAUAAAUUGUUCUGCAAAUUUUUUGAUAUGCAUUCUUCCUUCUAUAAUUGUUUAUUAAGCCUAUCUUGUUUAUGUUAAACAUAUGUUUCCCUUUACACAAUUUAUCAAGAGAAAAAGAAAAGAAAAUCAAUCCAAAAACCUUAUCAUGAUAUUGUAUUUACUCAAUGAGAAGACAGACUAUAAAAUGGAUUUGAAUAGAAGGUGAAUAAUUAACUAAAAAAAAACAAACAAAAAUGUUGCGAUAUGAAAUGAGAGAAAAAAAAA